AUGGCGGGGGGAACGAGCAUCUGGAUCAGUAACGAGGCGAAGACCGACCCGAAAGCGAUCUUCAAUCUCCGUCUUCUCUAUCUUUUGGUGGCCGUCUCCUGGGGUGGCUCCUUUUAUGGAUUCGACACCGGAAACAUCGGCGGCAUUUUGACCCUCCCCUCCUUCAAAAAUGCAUUCGGCCUGAAUGCCGUCACCCAGGCGGAGCAGGACAAUCGCAAGGGGACUAUUGCAUCAAUGUUAGCUGCCGGUGGCUCCGUCGGCGCUCUACUCGCAGCACCAACCUCCGACUAUUUGGGGCGCAAGUGGUCAGUCCUUGGAUGGGGAUUGGUAUUCGUUGCCGGCGCCGUAAUGCAAAUGAUUGCAGAUUACGAUGUCCUGUUAGCAGGGCGGUUCAUCGCUGGUAUGGGAGUCGGAGCCUCGUCAAUGCUCACGCCUCAGUUUCUGGCAGAAAAUUCACCCAAAUCCAUUCGAGGCUCCAUGACGGCUACAUACAACCUCAUGAUCGUUUCGUCGCUCAUGUUGGCAUUUUGGGUGAACUAUGGAGUUUCCAAGUGGUCCUUUCCCGGCGUUGAGCACGAUGAUACGCAAUGGCGGACAGCGAUGGGUAUUCAGAUCAUUCCUGGUGCCCUGCUGUGUUUGAUGAUACCGUUUGUGCCCGAGACGCCUCGGUGGUUGAUCAACCACGGUCGAUCCGAGCAGGGCCUGAAGAAUAUUUGCAAGUUGCGAAAGCUUCCGGAAGAUCAUGAGUACGUCCAGACCGAGUAUAAUGAGAUUCAAGCGCAGGUGAGACAUGAGCAGGAAUGCUUCGCUGGGCAUAACUACUGGGUAGUGGUCAAGGAUAUCUUCACGUCCAAGAGUAACUUCCAGCGCUUUGUGUUGGCAGUGAUGCUGUUUCUGUUUCACAAGUUUACGGGUACUGAUUCGUUGAAUUACUACGCGCCCGAGAUUUUUGCUUUAAUCGGCGUUAGUGGUGGCUCAUCCAGCCUCCUCACAACUGGUAUAUACGGUGUUGUCAAGACAAUAACCACCAUUUUCUAUGUGGGCUUCCUGGUUGACCGUGUGGGUCGCCGAGUUCCGCUUCUGGUAGGAGCAACAAUGCAGGCGACAGCGAUGCUUUAUCUUGCCCUGUAUCUGCGGUUCGCAGGGACGAACACAGAUAAUGUGGGCGGAACCCCAGCAGGCGGUAUUGUCGGCAUCAUCUGGAUUUACAUUUAUGCCUUCGGAUGGUCAUUCGGUCAUUCAGUCGCAUGCUACGUGGUUGCCGCAGAAAUCUUUCCAACCCGAAUUCGAUCAUUCUGUAUGGCUAUCUGCUUCUUCAUCAAUUGGAUCGUGGAUUACGGUAUCACGAGAGCGACACCAAAUAUGAUUACCGAGAUGGGCUGGGGCGUGUUUUUACUAUACGCCAUGCUGACCUAUCUGGGAGUUGUUUUCGUAUUUUUUUGUCUCCCAGAGAUGAAAGGUCGCUCCAUAGAGAGCAUGGAUAAUCUCUUCGAGAAACCAUUGUGGAUGAUGUGGCGACAUGCCUAUCCAACAGAAGAGGAGAAAGUUCGGUCGGAUGUACGUGAGAAUAUUGUGGCUGGCAAGCUGGACCGUGAUCAUGAUGAUGCGAAAGACCGAGUGGAACAUGUGGAGACUGCUUAG